AUGAAUAAUACUAAUCAAGAUACCUCUGAUUCAAGAACUCCAAUACAAUCAAACAUAAAAGGAAUUGCUAGAAUGUUGGAUAUCAUAUUUGAAAAUUUAAAUGAAACUAAUUCCAAAUUAAAUCAUAUUAAUGAA